AUGGAAAUCAUACAUUCAACUACCAAAACUUCACCUGAAGACUUGCUGUUCAAUUAUAAGGGCACGCUGUAUCCAAGUGUUCUUAGCAGUGUGGAGUUGUUUCAAGCACUGGAAACUUUUGAAGCAAGAGAAGAUGAUUUAUUGAUUGCAACCUAUCCCAAAAACGGAACAAAUUGGAUAAUCCAGAUACUGUAUGAAAUGGUGUCCAUAGUUCACAAUAGAGAACCAUUGCUAGAUACAACGUGUAUUGAAUUUGGAAAUCCAGAAAUGCUUGCGAGAUUUAAAGACCACCCUUCACCAAGGAUCCUGUCAACACAUUUGAACUUCAAAAAUAUUCCAAAGUCUAUUUCUGAAAAGAAGGUUAAGAUAUUGCUGAUUGUUCGAAACCCAAAAGAUACGGCUGUCUCCUAUCAUAAUUUUCAUAAUAGCCUGCCUGCUCUUCCUUCCAAUAACUCUUGGGACUCGUUUUUUAAGGAUUUCAUGGAUGGAAAAGUGUCUUUUGGACAGUAUUUUGAUUAUGUUGCGACCUGGGAGAAAAACUUUGAUGACAAGACUAUGAUGGCAAUUACAUUUGAAGAAAUGAAAAAGGACCUUCCGACAGCACUGAAAAAAAUAUCUGACUUCUUUCACCUUUCAUUGAAUGAGGAACAAAUUCAUUUGGUAGCAAGCCGUACUUCUUUUAACUCUAUGAAAGACAAAUCUGAAAAUACUCAUGGAAAGCUAGGUGACUCCUUCUUCAGAAAGGGAGAGAUUGGAGACUGGAAGAAUUAUUUUACUGAAGAUCAGAGCAAAGAGGUGGAUGCAAUGUUUGAAAAAUAUCUUGCAGAAACUAAACUGGGAAAGUUGCUGAACUAUGACAAGUACUGCAAGUUCUAG